CUCCACUUUUAAUUAUAACAUCCCUUUCACAUAUUAUGUUUCGAAUUUUGUCCUUAGGACAUUGUAGCUUACAAGCCGUUCGAACAGAUUGGAGAAUAUCAACACGAUCUUUAUCCUAUACCGCACCAUGCUUACGAACCCCAAAAAAGACUCAGAGAUCUAGGAAAGCAAAACUAGCACCUGUGUUUAAUGUUAAAAUUCCAUCAAAAUCCAUCGUAAAAGAUUACUACUGGUUAGAAAAAAACUUGAAAAUUAAACUGCACACAUUUACCUCUAAUGCAGAGAUAAAACGCAAAGCUAGCGGGCUGGGCAUUCGAGGUGGUUUAUUUUCAAGGGUUUCCAAUGCAUUCGUCAAAGCAGCAUUAGAAGGGAAAUUACCCAGAAUUAAUGCCCGUACACUAUAUAAUUCCUUUAAUGAGGAUGAAGGGCAAGGUUAUAUUGAUAAAGUACUGCUAUCAGAAUUUUUUACAUACGCUGAGCCCCAUUUACCUAGUGAAAUAGUGGAUCGUUUUAACUCUUUACGAAAAAUAAGUGACUUACGAUUUCCAAGCGAAUGGUUUCCAGAUGCAAGACAAAUGAAAAGAAAAAUUAUUCUACAUGUAGGGCCUACAAAUAGUGGAAAAACAUAUCGUGCUUUAAAACGAUUAGAAAGUGCAGAAUCUGGUAUUUAUUGUGGACCGCUGCGAUUAUUAGCACAUGAAAUUUUUGAAAAAAUGAAUGAGAAAGGUAUUCCAUGUAAUUUAUUAACAGGUGAAGAACGAAGAGAGGUUAUGCCAUAUGCACCCUUGACAAGCUCAACAGUUGAAAUGGCUUCAUUAAAUAAGACUAUGGAUGUAGCUGUAAUUGACGAAAUUCAAAUGAUUUCUGAUCCAGAUCGUGGUUGGGCUUGGACACAAGCUUUAUUGGGUCUUAAAGCAAAGGAAAUUCAUCUCUGUGGUGAAGCAUCAGCUGUACCUUUAGUUAAAAAAAUAUGUGAAAGCUUGGAUGAAGAAGUGGAAGUGAAUGAAUACUCUCGUCUUACACCUUAUGAAGUAUUAAAUAAAUCUCUAGUCAAUGAUUUGAGCAUGAUUAGAAAAGGUGACUGUGUUGUUGCCUUUUCUCGUAAUGAUAUUUUCAAUCUGAAGAAGAAGAUAGAAUUAUUAACAGGUCUCCAUUGUGCAGUUGCUUAUGGUGCACUUCCUCCUGAAACUCGAGCACUCCAGGCUAAAGCUUUCAAUGACCCAAAUAGUGGAUUUGAUGUUAUGGUUGCUUCUGAUGCUAUUGGCAUGGGAUUAAACUUGAAUAUAAAGCGUAUAGUAUUUUCAACAGUGCAAAAAUAUGAUGGAAAUUCUUUCAAUUAUAUCAGUGUACCUCAAUUAAAGCAAAUUGCUGGACGUGCAGGUAGAUUUGGAACAGCUUAUGAUAAAGGAGAAGUAACAACUUUACAUCCACAUGAUCUUGCUUAUAUUAAGGAGUGUGUCAAUGCUCCAAUUAUACCAUUAGAGAUGGCUGGAUUACAGCCUACUGUAGAGAUACUAGAAUUAUUUGCAUUACAAAUGCCAAAUGAAAAGUUUUCAGGGUUAUUACAAAAAUUUGAAGAUUUAGCUUCCUUAAAUGGUGAUUAUUUCCUGUGUAACUAUAGGGAUCAAAAGGCAAUUGCUGAUUUUCUAGAACAUAUUAAAUUACCCUUAAGAGAUAGAUACCAAUUUGUAACAGCACCCGUAAGCGUUCGUAAUGAAGCUUCUACACUUAUGAUUCAAGAAUUAGCUGAAAAGUUUAGUAAAGGAGAGACUUGUGCUUUAGAUGAUGUCAUUCAACUUCCAAAUUCAGCACCUUCAACACCAAAGGAGUUGAUCGAGUUAGAGAACAGCCACAAAAAUAUAAUGCUAUAUAUGUGGUUAAGUCUUCGAUAUCCCGAAACAUUUAUUACUACUCAAGAAUAUGCAUCAGAGAUGAAAAUUCGUUGUGAAGUUAUGAUUGACGACGUGCUCAAAAAUACAGCAUUUGGAUCAAAAGCUAAAAGAAAGCAUACUAUUAACAAUGACACGACUAAAAAGCAAAAAGUAUAAAAAAAAGACAAAAACCAAUAUCUAUAGAAUCCUAUCAUACAGUUAUUCUUUUCACUUUAAGCGUGUUUUCUAUCUAUUCAUAAAUAAUAACUAAGCACAUUAUUUUUUAACUAUUAGAAUAUAUAAAAUAAAUUCGAAUAAUAAUCAAUUACACUGUAAA